AUGUCAAAUAAUUCAGGAUAUCUAAUUGUUUCUUUUGUUCCUCUCUCUGUACCUACAAGGUUUCUUUCAGCAGCAACAAAUAAAUCAAGAGCAUUAGAGAAUGAUUUCGAUGUUAGAGUGACUAAUAAAAAUUAAGAACAUUGCUAUUUCUUAUUAGAGAAAAUUAAUGAGAAUGUAUUCAAAAUACGAUUACUUACACAUCCUAAUCAUUUUGUUUUUUGUUCAAAUGAUAAUACUAGAAAAUUUAAGGAUUAAUUUGAUGUAAGAACACAUGCAUUUGAUGAGUAAAGAAAUAAUUGGAUUAUUGAAAAUGCAGGAUGGAGUUGUUUUACAAUUAGAUCAGAGACAAAUCCUGAUUAAUAUUUAUUUAUAGCUGAUGAUUUUUCAAAUCAACAUGAUGGUGAAUUUGAUGUGAGAACACAUUCAAAUAAAGAUUAAGAAAAAAAUCUUUGGUUUAUUGUUACAAUUCCAAAUAUUGUACAUCCAUAUAGUAGUCUAUAACUUUAUAUGAUUGUUUAAUUUAGACCUGCUCAUAUUAAUACAAAUUAUUUAACCAUUUGUGAUUCUCAUCCUUAAUUUAAAUCAGAUUAUGCAGCUAAGAUCACAGGUGUUAAGAAUAUAACAACUUCAUUUUAUUUAGAAUAAGUUCAUGAUAAUAAAUAUAUAAUUAGAUCUGUUUCUAAUCCACUUCAAAUGCUUUUUGCAGCUAAUGAUAAAUAGUAUAAUAAAUGGGGUGAUUUUGAUGUUAGAUUACAUUCAUUUAAUGAAACAAGAAAUUAAUGGAUAAUUGAAUAAGCAGGUAAUAAUUUAUGGACAAUAAAAUCUGCUACUAAUCCUGAUUAAUUUUUGUUUGCAGUUUAAGAUGAAGCAAAUGGAAAAGAAUUCCCUGUUAGAACUCAUCCAUCAAUUGAAGAUAGAAAUAAAUGGCAUAUCGAUGGGUUUAAAUAAUGAU